AUGGGUGAGUUAUAUCAAGUGUUGAUUCAUAAUGGCAAUGGGUUCUCUAAAGUGCAUUGUGAACCCAUAAAUCAGAAGGAAAGUAAUGAUGACCAGAAAGAGGAUUCUUGGUUUGAAGAAGAACUGGAUGCUGAUCUCAAAUGGUCUUUUGCUUUGAAUAGAGUUCUGCACAGAGGAACCAGUGAGUACCAGGACAUAGCCCUUCUGGACACAAAACGAUUUGGAAAGGUGUUGGUGAUUGAUGGGAAGAUGCAAAGUGCUGAAGUUGACGAAUUUAUUUAUCAUGAAUAUUUAAUUCAUCCUGCUCUCUUAUGUCACCCCAACCCCAAAACUGUGUUUAUAAUGGGAGGAGGUGAGGGGUCUGCAGCAAGAGAAGCACUCAGGCACAAAUCAUUGGACAAAGUGAUCAUGUGUGAUAUUGAUCAGGAAGUAGUUGAUUUUUGCAGAAAGCAUCUUACAGCAAAUCAUGAGGCUUUUCGUAAUAUCAAACUUAAUUUAGUGAUCAAUGAUGCCAAAGCUGAAUUGGAGGAGAGGGAUGAAAAGUUCGAUAUAAUAGUGGGAGAUUUAGCAGAUCCAGUUGAAGGAGGGCCUUGCUAUCAACUAUACACGAAGUCUUUCUAUGAAAAUAUUCUCAAGCCUAAACUCAGUGACAAUGGCGUCUUUGUUACUCAGGCUGGACCAGCAGGGGUGUUUACUCAUAAGGAGGUCUUCUCAUCAAUAUACAACACAAUCAAACAAGUUUUCAAAUAUGUUCUUGCAUACACAGCUCAUGUGCCAUCAUUUGCUGAUACAUGGGGUUGGGUUAUUGCUUCUGAUCAACCACUCUGCAUUGAAGCUGCAAAAUUGGACAACAAAAUUGCAGAAAGAAUUGAUGGAGAGUUGCUGUACUUGAAUGGAGCGUCGUUUGUCUCCUCCACCAUUCUAAACAAGACCGUUACCAAAACGUUGAAGAAUGAGACCCAUGUCUACACAGAGGACAAUGCAAGGUUCAUCCAUGGCCAAGGUGUUGCAUACAGGAUUUAA